ACUCUGAGGAUUUCGAUCCUUUUUGUCCAACAAAUUUCUCAAGGAUGAGGAAGGAAACUUUGUUGAAGCAGAACGGCCAAUGAAGUAUGCGGAGAUUAUUUCAGCCGAAGAAUGGGAUAACUUUGUCGCCAAACGAAGAAACGAAAAAUUCCAUGAAGUAAGCGACAAAAAUCGGAAAAGGGCAUCAAAACCCGCGUAUCCGUACAAAAAAGGGCGUACGGGAUAUGCACGGUUACAACAAAGAAUUCUAGCCGAGGAGAAAAGUGACGCAACAUCUCUUCCGGAGCACGUAUUGUGGAAGGCUGCUCGGGUUGGGAAGGAUGAGGCUGUCGUUGAAGCGGUUCAAAAUGUUUAUGACGAAUGUGUAAAAAUCCACGAGUUCCAUCAAUUGGACCGAGCAACUGUAUUUAAUCAAUAG